AAGGUAUAAAAGGGAGGGUAAUGAGACAAAGUCAGGAACAACAUUCUUCUUCCUCCACUUUCCCAUCAACUCAUUCCUUUUUCCUCAUUCCUUUUUCCUUUUUUAUUUUCUCAAACAGACACACACACAUAAAACAGUUGUUCAAUAUGUCUAUGACCAAUGCUAACUUCCCUAUGGACGCUGAAGGGCGUACCUACCAUGUCGGUGUCAAGCAUGGAGAGCUGGCAAAUAGGAUCGUGACGGUUGGAGAUCCAGCUCGUGCAAUUAUUCUUUCUCGUUCUUUAGACGGUGUGGAUUUAGAAAAUACGCCUGCAAAGACUAUUCCUGCCAACCUCUUUAGCCUUUCUUCCCAUCGUGGAUUCUUGACAAUCACCGGAACUUAUAAAGGCGUCCCUGUCUCUAUUGUUGCCAUUGGAAUGGGUAUUUCCAUGAUGGAUUUUUUUGUGCGCGAGUGCAGAGCUGUUGUGGAUGGACCAAUGAUCAUCAUUCGUUUAGGAUCCUGCGGUUCCCUGUCGAAUGCAGCAGUUGGUGACGUCUGUGUGCCCUCUGGAUCAUAUCUUGUUCAACGUAACGUCAACUAUUUUGCAGAUCACGACCAUAGUAGCGAUGAAGAAAUUGACAGCAGCGAUAAAGGGACGCCCUAUAGUUUCUCCAAGGUGUUUAAAGCAGAUCCAGAGAUUACACGUACAUUGGUGAAAAAUUUGAAGGCUCAACUGGGAGAGAACCAUAUCUGGUCAGGAAUCAAUGCUACAGCGGAUUCGUUUUAUUCUUCACAGGGUCGUCAGGACGAGAAUUUUGUGGAUGUGAACCAAACUUUGUUUGAAGAGUUGCUCAAGCAUGAACCCAACACGAUGACAUUAGAGAUGGAGACAUUUGUGCUGUACCAUUUAGCCAAAACAUCAACGAGUGCACCCCUUAUUCGCAUGAACAAGAGUAAUGGCAAUGGCAAUAGCAAUGGUAUGGAAAAUGGCAGCAAAAAGAAGAAGAGCAACAGCAUUCGUGCAGGUGCUUGUAUGAUGGUGUUUGCGCAACGCAUCACGAAUGAUUUCAUUACAAAGGAAGAUAUUGCGAGGGUGGAGCCUAUGGUGGGCAAAGUUAUCUUUGACUCGUUGGUUGAGCUUCCAUUAGAUAGUAAUGAUGGGUUGCGCCCUAACGCAGAUGGUGCUUGGGAGAAGUAACAGUAACAAUAUAAUAAUUUAUAAUAGCAAUAACAACAAAAAAGUUUGUGUUCAGGUGUAUAGAAAUAAAAUGUG